AUGGACUCCACAACAAGUGGCUUUAAAAAGGAGAGGAUGCCAGAGGUAUUUAGGAGGUGUUUAUCCCACAAGCACUCCCUAACAAGCUUGCAUGGUUCUCUCCAUCCUGGAGUCUGCUUCCCUGGGAACCUGGCCUACAGCACCUGUGGAUUAGAUGUGAUCCAACAGGCAAUUGAAGCCAGCAAGGAACACUUCAGCUUCAAGUCCACGGGCUCGUCGGUGCCCGAGCUGGAGUACGCGGCGGCCGAGUACGAGCGGCUGAAGAAGGAGUACGAGAUCUUCCGGGUCAGCAAGAACCAGGAGCUGCUGUCCAUGGGCCGCCGCGAGGCCAAACUGGACACCGAGAACAAGCGGCUGCGGGCCGAGCUGCAGGCACUUCAGAAAACUUACCAGAAGAUACUUCGGGAAAAAGAAAGUGCGUUAGAAGCAAAAUACCAAGCCAUGGAGAGAGCAGCUACAUUUGAAGGUGAUCGAGAUAAAGUGAAAAGGCAAUUCAAGAUUUUUCGGGAAACAAAGGAAAAUGAGAUUCAGGACUUACUGAGAGCCAAGCGAGAGUUGGAGAGCAAACUUCAGAGGCUACAGGCUCAGGGGGUCCAAGUAUUUGACCCAGGAGAGUCGGACUCCGAUGACAACUAUACAGCUGUUACUGCUGCUGGAACCCAGUGUGAAUAUUGGACCAGUGGAGCCUUGGGCAGUGAGCCUUCCAUAGGGAGUAUGAUGCAACUUCAGCAGUCCGUCCGAGGCCCUGAGUUCGCCCACAGUUCUAUAGAUGUCGAAGGACCCUUUGCAAACGUCAACAGAGAUGACUGGGAUGUUGCUGUAGCUAGUCUAUUACAAGUUACACCCUUGUUUUCACAUUCUCUCUGGAGUAACACUGUCAGGUGUUACCUCAUUUAUACGGAAGAAACCCAGCCUGAAAUGGAACUUUUUGUUAAGGAUUAUUCACCUAAACUUAAAAUAAUGUGUGAAACAAUGGGAUAUUUUUUCCAUGCUGUGUAUUUUCCAAUAGACAUUGACAAUCAAUACGUCACUGUAAGAAAAUGGGAAAUUGAAAAGAGUUCAUUGGUUAUUUUAUUCAUUCAUUUAACUUUACCAAGCCUUUUAUCGGAAGACUGUGAAGAAGCCUUUCUGAAAAACCCUGAAGGAAAACCACGAUUAAUUUAUCAUCGUGUGGAAGAUGGAAAAGUCAGUUCUGACUCUGUCCACCAAUUGAUUGAUCAAGUUUCUAACCUAAACAAGACCAGCAAAGCCAAGAUCAUUGAUCAUUCAGGAGAUCCUGCAGAAGGAGUAUAUAAAACUUAUAUUUAUGUGGAAAAGAUAAUUAAACAGGACAUACUGGGCUUCGAGAAUGCAGACCUGGAGUCCAAGGAUUUGGGCAGUGACGAUUCCAUCCCAGAAGAAGAUGAUUUCGGUGACGUUCUUUGGGACAUCCAUGAUGAACAAGAGCAAAUGGAAAUUUUUCAACAGGCUUCUCGUUCCGUCCACGAAUUGGGAUUUGAGAAACCUCAUCAUUCUUGUAAAAGUUCUUUUUCUUUCAGGAUUCAGUUACAACAAAAGAAUUCCCCUAACACGCUAAUCAUUUCUCACUUUGUGGGGAGGCCCUUGUCAACCAGCUCAGAGGCUUCCUUGAUUAUUAAACGACUAAUUUUAAAGUUGAUGCAGCACUCUUGGUCGGUAUCUGCUCUGACACUGGAUCCUGCUAAGCUUCUAGAGGAAUUUCCGCGUUGGCUAGAAAAGCUCUCUGCCCGUCAUCAGGGCAAUAUCAUCGUCAUUAUUGAUUCUAUCGAUCAAGUUCAGCAAGUUGAAAAACACAUGAAAUGGCUGAUAGACCCACUGCCAGUGAAUGUAAGAGUAAUUGUUUCUGUGAAUGUAGAAACAUGCCCACCAGCAUGGAGGUUAUGGCCUACACUUCAUCUCGAUCCUUUGAAUCCAAAAGAUGCAAAAUCUAUUAUAAUUGCAGAAUGCCACUCUGUGGACAUUCAGUUGAGUCAAGAGCAGGAGAAGCAGCUAGAACGGCACUGUCGUUCUGCUACAACCUGCAAUGCCCUUUAUGUCACCCUUUUCGGCAAAAUGGUUGCACAUGUUGGGAGAGCAGGCAAUGUUGAUCAAACCCUUCAUCAGUGUUUCCUGUGUCAAGACACAGUUUCAUUGUAUAGACUUGUUCUGCGGUCUAUCCAGGAGUCUAUGGGGAACGAUAUGGAUAAAGAGUUGAUGAAACAGAUUCUCUGCCUCGUCAGUGUUAGUCACGAUGGCGUGAGUGAGUCCGAACUGAAGGAAGUCUGCCCCGAGGUGUCCUGGGCUCUCCUGGCCUCCCUUAUUCACAGGCUACACAAAGUGUGUGUGCUAACUUAUGGUUGUGGCUUGCUUAAAUUUCAACAUCUUCAGGCUUGGGAAACAGUAAGAUUGGAGUAUAUGGAAGGCCCCACCAUUAUUUCUUCGUAUAGGCAGAAGCUCAUCAAAUAUUUCACCCAGCAGCUAAGUCAGGACAGGGUGACUUGGCGAAGUGCUGAUGAGCUGCCAUGGCUUUUUCAGCAGCAGGGAAGCAAGCAGAUGUUGCACAGUUGCCUUCUCAACCUCUUUCUCUCGCAAAACCUUUAUAAACGAGGCCACUUCGCUGAGCUGCUGAGUUACUGGCAGUUUGUUGGCAAAGACAAGAGUGCGAUGGCAGCCGAAUAUUUUGAAUCCUUGAAGCAGUAUGAGAAAAACUGUGAUGGCGAGGCGAGCAUGAUUUGCUUAGCUGAUCUUUAUGAAACCCUGGGGCGGUUUCUCAAGGAUCUGGGUCUUCUCGGUCAGGCUGUGGUGCCUUUGCAGAGAUCUCUAGAAAUCCGAGAAACAGCUUUGGAUCCAGAUCAUCCACGAGUAGCUCAGUCUCUCCACCAGCUGGCCAGUGUGUACGUGCAGUGGAAGAAGUUCGGCAAUGCUGAACAGCUAUAUAAGCAGGCACUGGAAAUCUCAGAGAAUGCUUACGGCGCCGACCAUCCACAGACUGCUCGGGAACUUGAGGCACUGGCGACUUUGUACCAGAAGCAAAACAAAUAUGAACAAGCUGAACAUUUUCGAAAAAAGUCCUUUAAAAUUCGCCAGAAAGCUACUAAGAGAAAAGGCAACUUGCACGGCUUUGCUCUCCUGCGCCGACGGGCCCUGCAGCUAGAGGAGCUCACGCUAGGGAAGGACACGCCCGACAACGCUCGCACCCUCAAUGAACUGGGCGUCCUCUACUAUCUUCAAAAUAACCUGGACACAGCUGACCAGUUUCUGAAGCGUUCGUUAGAGAUGAGGGAGCGAGUUCUAGGACCAGACCACCCUGACUGUGCCCAGUCUCUGAAUAAUCUGGCAGCUCUCUGCAAUGAAAAGAAACAGUAUGAUAAAGCAGAAGAACUCUAUGAACGAGCUCUAGACAUUCGGAGGCGAGCAUUAGCACCUGACCACCCUUCUCUGGCUUAUACGGUGAAGCACCUUGCAAUCUUGUAUAAGAAAAUGGGGAAACUUGACAAAGCUGUACCUUUGUAUGAGUUGGCUGUUGAAAUUCGUCAGAAAUCCUUUGGCCCAAAGCAUCCUAGUGUAGCUACUGCCCUGGUGAACUUAGCUGUUCUCUAUAGCCAAAUGAAAAAACACAUUGAAGCCUUGCCAUUGUAUGAGAGAGCAUUAAAGAUUUAUGAAGACAGCCUGGGUCGGAUGCAUCCUCGAGUUGGAGAAACAUUAAAAAAUUUGGCAGUGCUUAGCUAUGAAGAAGGAGAUUUUGAAAAGGCCGCUGAACUGUACAAGAGAGCAAUGGCAAUAAAGGAAGCAGAGACAUCGCCCGGGGGGAAGGCUCCUUCUCAGCACUCAUCAAGUGGAGACGCCUUUAGCUUACAAAGGACGCGCUCUCCGCAUGCUUUCCUUCACCAGGGACCAAGGGAAUCGCAACAGUUCCAGUUCACCUGAGGAUAGGUUAGGAAGUAUUUGAACAUUUGAAUUUAAAACUCUGUUUUUAAGACAACUUCCUUUUUUCUAAGUUGUAUAAUUUAACUGAUAUUUGAACAAAAUUGUAUCGGAGUUCCUUGAAGCUUGAAUACUGAUCAUGUCUGCUCUAACUGGAUAAAACCCCUGACUUCCCUAUUUUCCGCGGGGUCCCGGGAGGCCGACACAUUAGAAUUUUAAGACGACAUGAGGCUGGGCUGGCCCGCUCUGUUCGGGAGCUGACAGCAGUGGAGGUGACAAAGUCAAGAACCCCGUUACGCUGUUCAUCUCCUCAGAGCCACAUGACUCAUCCCGUCUUGCUUUCAGUCUGGCCCAGCCCUCUACCUCAAAGAAAAGUUUCAAAAGAUUAAAUAGUUGAUGUUUCUGAAAGCCUUGAGUUCUCUCUUCAGUGCAAAGAUCGAGUCGUGGGAAUCCUUGAUUACUGCGGUUAAAAGAUUCUUUUUCUUGAUUGGGCCAAUCCCUCCCUCUGCGUUGUUUAAUGGCUGUAACCCUAACACUAACAUUUGCAUUGGACAAACCUGCUGCAAAAGACUUAUUUAAAGUGUUAAGAAACAAAGACUGCAUUUGAGGACAGAGGUAGACCUGACUGAAGCCGUUCUAUUUCCAUGCGUCUCAUGUACAUGUGAAAGCUGGACAAAGAGCGGUGGUGAAAAACAUCGAAUAUUACCAUGGACAGUCAUAACAAAUCUACGCUGGAAGAUGCACCGCCAGCACUCUCUUUAGAAACGAGGAUGGUGAGAUACUGGCUCACGUACUUGGGACAUGUUAUCCUGAAGAGUCAAUCCCAGGGGAAGGACAUCAUGCUUGGUAGAGGGUCAGCAAAUGAGGAAGACCCUUAAUGAUAGUUACUGCAACAAUGAACUUAAGCGCAGCAGUAAUUGUGAAGAUAGUGCCAGGACCAGGCAGUGUUUCAGUCUGUGUACGUGGUCGGUCGUUGAAUCAGUACUGACUCAAUGGUAUCUAACGGUAAUAUGUAGCUGAAUAAUGCUGGAAGUUAUUAAACCAGCAGCAUUCGGUCAAACUUACUGGCAUUGUUUGACCUUUCACCAAAUAGGGACAUGAUAUUCUCUAUUAAAUGGCCUACAUCUGUCUCUCCAUUUACCUCAAACCCAAUCUGCCAUUUUAUACUGGAAAUUAAAUGCUUUCACAUUUUAGCUUUUUUUUUUUUUUAACAACAUUUUGGAUAUUGUUUUGUGGUUAAUAUAUGUAUAUAUAAUUUAAAAUAUGAAUAAUUUUAAUAUUUGUACAAUUCCAGUAUGUACUUCAGUGUUCUGAAAUAAAAGUGAACUCUUAAGGUUUUUUUCUACUACAA